GAAACUUAGUAGACUUAAGUCGAAUAGUCCUGCGGAGCCUCUCUUUUUGCUCCCGUCUGCAACGCUUCGUGAGAUUGUGUAACGCGCAAAAUAAAAAAAUGAUGCGAACAGGGCGUUUUGGGAGGUCAGCGCGAUGUUUGUCAACCUCGUUUAGGGAAUGCGGUGUGACUGUAGCGCAAUGGAAUGCGCAACGCCAUCAAACGCAGAACUCGCUCGGCAGUUCCCGCGACCGCCAGCGGGGGCAGCCGAACGCUGACCCUAACACAGGAUCACAAAUGUCGGUGAUAGAGUCGCCGGAUCUUACGCCACACAUCCAGUUUGGCUUAAACAACCUUGAACACGUGAAACUACCGCACAUGUCAAACGAGGCCCGGCGCCGCAGCGACAUUGACAAGGAGCGAGACAUGCGUGAAAGGUUCGGCGAGUACGGCCCCGGAGAGCGUCUCACAAAGAGUUCUCAGCAAACGAGGCGCGAUAUGUUGGAAGAGCAGCAGGACGUGGAUGGCCUACCGUGGGAGGUGCGGUGGCGAAAGUCACUUAUCCCCACUUCGGAGGAAGUAGUUCAGGACAUUCGCGAUCGCUUCGACUUGUACAUUCAAGACCCGAUUGAGCGGGAGCAAGAGUGGUACCUGCAUUGGAAAGAUCGCUCCUUCAAGAUCCAAAAGGAUCGCAUGAUCUGGCCGCAAGGGUACACAGAUUACCUGGACCACUACGACGAGAACGGCCGCCGGCGCGUUCUGCCGACUGAUCAGCGUUGGUCGGACUCGUCGUGGAAGCACCUCGCGGAUACGCGCUACAAAGAUCGGAUGUGGCUCAUCGAAGGGGAGGAGCGCAAGGCGGUGCAUCAAAGCCUGCAGACGGAUCGCACGUUAAUGGAAGAAGAGGAGCAGCGGCAGUCCGAGAUGGGUGACGUGUACCACGGAAUCAUCUCCGGCGUGGUGGACCUUGAUCCAGAGCAGACGUAUCAGGCGCUCUCCGGCACCGCAGAUCCCCUCGAGGUGGCCAAGACAAAGAUGAAACUGCAAGCAUACGGCGCAGGACAGGCGCUUUCGGCUGGCAAGAGGGAGCUGGAUCCGUCCAAAAUUGACCCUAUUUCCGGUUUUCCCAAAGCGGACAUGGAACCUCUAGCGAGUGGCAUCACCGUUGAACAAGGCGCGGCAAUCGCCACGCAGGCCAACAUCCAGUACGAAAUGCUUGAGCAAGGGGCGGAGGCGUCGCGGCAAGCAGGCCACGAUCCUGUGGUUGCGCUCAUGAAAGCGCAUCAUAACACAUCCAAGCAGUACGGUGACCGCCCUAUCCUUCGCACGCAAGUGGAGGCAAACAUACAGAAGGUGAAGCAGUUGGAAGCCGAGCGCAAAACACUGGAGGGCGGAGACGUUUCCCGGCUCCUGACGGACGCUGAGAAGACGGUGGCGCAGAUUGAGAAAUCUCUUCUGGCGAACCCCACCGCGGAGGCACAGGUCGCUGCAAAAAACAGUUUUGCGGCCGUGGCGAACCAGGAAGCAGCGGCGGCGACGGUGAUGGGGGCAAAGAAGCCGUUCGAGGAAGGCUUUAUUCACGUUACUGAACGCCCACCGAAUGUGGAGCCAGACGUGCCAAACGAGCUUUACCGUGUCCCACAGAACAAGGAGCUUAAUGAAAUGCCGAAGUGGUACCGCGAAACUCUUGUCGAGACGGAGCCGCUCAUUCGCGAGUACGACAUGGUGCACGACCCUCUAGAAAAGAAGCAGCCGGAGAAGGAGUACUACGUGCCGCCGCCGCUGCAUGACAGUGAGCGCGUCACGCUAGACAAUGCACCGUCCGGCGCGUCUGCUUUUGACGAGAUCAAGAUGCACAAGCUGAGGUCGCUGCCGGAGCUGGUUACGGGUUACAAGCCGCUCCCGCUCUUUCGUGAGGUAGCAAAAGACGGCUCUAUCGAGUCUGCCGCAAAAGCCCAGGAAGAGGAGGUAAACGCACACAAGUACGUCGACAAGAAUGGAAAGCCUCUCAAGAAGUCCGAGCGUCUGCGGUUGGAGCGCCAGGAGCGACUUCGAAAGUCGAAGUUGACGUACGACAGUGACGUUCUGCUCCCUACCCUCCCCUGGGAAACGGACUCGAUUGUCGACCCGUAUCGUGGUGUGGAGGCCACGGACGCGGUGGACUUCAACAAGGCAGACCUUGAAAAGACGUGGCGCGCCUACCGCGAGGCUUUCCAGCAGGCACUUACGGAGUUUGGCAACCUGACGCAGGUGACGAGCGAGGACAAGUGCGAGAAGAUGCUUUUCGACACAAUGGAGAGAUUCCGCACCGGCGCCGUCGGCGACCACCCGGAGGUCCCUGAGGAGCAGGUGGAGGUUUUCCGCCUGAUAUUCGAGGCGCACACAAAGCACUUCCUCGCGGAUUUUUACAAAUUCAAAGGAAAUCGGACAACGGAGGCGAACACGGUGAAGGCGGAAGCAGACGAGAUUCUCCGCCGCGCCUCCGCAAAGAGUAAGCUGCUGGGCCGGAAUUUUAUGAACUUUGUGCAGGAAAUGACUUCCCUGGAGCUGGAUACAAUCCGCAAGAACCCUGUCCAGCGUUACUCCGUGAUGGUGCGUGACCGCAAGUAUGAGCCGCUCUCCAAGCCUUUUAUGAAAUGGAUCAAAAACGAGCUGGGCGAAUUCAUCAUCACGGACUUCCAGAGCCUGGAGCAGCUGGAGACGCACAAGGAGUUUCUGUUCCGCCACCUGAAUGAAGCCCGCGUGAAGUGCCCUGCUCGAGUCGAGGGCAUCCGCGAUUCGGCGCACGACGCCGCGGUGGAAGCGUUCUACCAGUGGUGCCGCGGCGCCUUGUCCUUCUACGCCGGCAAGCAUCUUCAGCGCAUGUACAUCGACUUCGCUGACACCCGCUUCCGCUCGCGGGCAGAGGAGCUCUUCGAGGACUCGAUCGAGCUUUUUGCCAACUACGGCAAGGCAGGUAAAGACAUCGUGCAGAUCCCUGUUCCCGACGCUGAACCGCCGUACGAGUACGAAGAGAAGGAGUUCCUUGAUGGCGAGAGCGCCGUCUUUGCAGAAGUCAGCGGGCACUUGGACAAGGCGGAAGCGCUCUGGCACUCCGGCACAACCAAACGCUGGUACCCAAUGACAGACGAGACGGAGUACAUGUGGUUCAACGAGCGUCGCGGCCGCCUCACACUCGCCACGGACAUCUCCGACCGCUGCUUGGAGAACGUGAACAAAAAGACGCACCCCUCCAUCCACCCCUUUCCGGAGCGCGCGCGUGUUUUCCUCGAAGGGGCGCCACUUACCCAAGAGACGGCGGAGCACCUGUGGCUGCGCUAUAUGGGCGACCUGUACUGGGAGCACUCCGAGUUCAUGCAUCGCCAGGGACGAUUCCAAACAGGCCGGUCGUACAGGGAAAAGUGUCUGAACUUGUACCACCUGGCCGUGCGCACCGCGCAUGAGCGCCUCCCCGCGUCGUGGAAAGCCCCGCUGCUCACCGAGGCCAAGUACAUGCUCCGCGUUUACGAGCCAAGCAAACACGCGGAGCGCCACCUCCAAGAUGUGGAGACGGUGGUAAAUAAGCUAUUCGAGGAGGGCGAGCCGCGCCACUGGAUCGAGCCGUUCAGCGAGCUGCCGUAUCGUCUCGCCGUGGUGCAUGCCAAUCUGGCUGCGUACGGUGAAGUGAUCACCAAGGAGGUGAACCGUCGUUUGGGGUGGAAGCCACCGAACGAGCUUCUCUUGAAGAACAUGGAGCAGCGUGCACGCGGCGGGGCGGUGCUGCCAGAGCUGGUGCCCUACUUCAACACGGUGAACGAGGUCGCCGAGGUGGUUUUUCGCCGCAAGAUCCUGCGAUGGCGUGCAAACGAGCACGAAGGAUCGGAUCCGUUCCUGUUUUGGACUCACCUGUACUUCGCUUUUCGCGUCUACCCGCAGAACCGCGAUGAGGUGCAGCGGAUGUGGGACAUGUACGAGCCCGCAUACUUGUACAUCUACACACAGUGCGCGUUGGCAUCGCGGGUGCGUGGGCACCGCCUCAUCAACGACGCCCUGCGCCGCAUGUGCCAAAUUCUGCUCUCCGGUGACGCGGAGCAGAAGGCGGUGCUGCUGAAGGAGCUAACGAAGGUGCGGGAAAAGAUGGCGCAUAUUAUUGACCGCAGGGAGCUCGACCGCACCAUCAACGCUCUAGAGGCGCACCUCGAGAAUCCGUCGCAGCAGGCGUACACCUAUGGAACUGCUCUACUUUACAAGGAAACCGUAAGGCACGAGAAAGUGGCGCGCAACCCGCUGCUUCGGACUCAGAUGGCUGCGAAGGACUACGCCGACCUCCGAAAACGGCAGCAGGAACUCCGCGCAAAUGGAGCGACGUUGAAUCCACAGCAGGCGGCACAACUGCAGGACCAACAGGGCGCUGCAGAGGAUGAGCCGAUUGGCUCUCAAGCCAACCCGAGCACAAAGGACAUGUUUGCGCAGCGGUAG